AUGUUUGUUGUUGUUGUUGUUGUUUUUCCACUGCGGUUUGCGGAAAAGCAGUCUGAGAGUUCUAGGUUUGUUUGUUUUUGUGUGUGCGUACCAGUUGUUACUCGAUGGACUUCUGCAUCGAGUGGUGCUGUUCUUUGCCGAACCACUCUUCCCCAUGAUACGACCCGACCACGUGUAUAUAUACGUAUAUGUGGAGCUGCUGCUCUGCUUUUGAUGUGUAGCCUGCGCUUUGAACGGGGAUUAAACGAACGUGAGUGCUUGUUUAUGAUGUACAUUCCUCCCUUUGUCCCGUUAUAUCGUUGA